AUGGUUGAAAAUAAGAGUAAGGUCAAAGAUGUCAGUUUGGCCCCCUUUGGAAAAAUGCAGAUGGAAAUUUCUGAAAAUGAAAUGCCAGGAUUAAUGAGAAUAAGAGAAGAAUACGGAAAAGAUCAGCCAUUAAAAAAUGCUAAAAUUACUGGUUGCUUACAUAUGACUGUUGAAUGUGCUUUAUUAAUUGAGACUUUACAAAAAUUAGGAGCUCAAGUUAGGUGGUGUUCAUGUAAUAUUUAUUCAACAGCUGAUUAUGCUGCAGCAGCUGUAAGUACAUUAGAAAAUGUAACGGUUUUUGCUUGGAAAAAUGAAACGUUAGAAGAAUACUGGUGGUGUGUUGAAAGUGCUCUUACGUGGGGUGAUGGAGAAGAUAGUGGUCCAGAUAUGAUUGUCGAUGAUGGUGGAGAUGCAACCUUAUUAGUUCAUAAAGGUGUUGAAUAUGAAAAAUUAUAUGAAGAGAAAAAUAUAUUACCUGAUCCAGAAAAGGCAAAAAAUGAAGAAGAAAGAUGUUUUCUAACUUUAUUAAAAAAUUCCAUAUUAAAAAAUCCAAAGAAAUGGACAAAUAUUGCAAAGAAAAUUAUAGGUGUAUCUGAAGAAACUACUACAGGAGUAUUAAGAUUAAAAAAAAUGGACAAACAAAAUGAAUUAUUAUUUACUGCUAUUAAUGUAAAUGAUGCUGUUACUAAACAAAAAUAUGACAAUGUGUAUGGAUGUAGGCAUUCUUUACCUGACGGAUUGAUGAGAGCUACUGAUUUUUUAAUCUCUGGAAAAAUCGUUGUCAUAUGUGGAUAUGGUGAUGUAGGUAAAGGAUGUGCUUCUUCUAUGAAAGGUUUAGGUGCAAGAGUAUAUAUAACAGAAAUUGAUCCCAUAUGUGCUAUACAAGCUGUAAUGGAAGGAUUUAAUGUUGUUACAUUAGAUGAAAUUGUAGAUAAAGGAGAUUUUUUUAUUACCUGUACAGGUAAUGUUGAUGUUAUUAAAUUAGAACACUUACUUAAAAUGAAAAAUAAUGCUGUUGUUGGAAACAUUGGUCAUUUUGAUGAUGAAAUACAAGUAAAUGAACUUUUUAAUCAUAAAGGAAUACAUAUAGAAAAUGUAAAACCACAAGUUGAUAGAAUUACUUUACCUAAUGGAAAUAAACUUAUUGUUUUAGCUAGAGGUAGAUUAUUAAAUCUAGGAUGUGCAACAGGACAUCCAGCAUUUGUUAUGUCCUUUUCAUUUUGUAACCAAACCUUUGCUCAGUUAGAUUUAUGGCAAAACAAAGAUACAAAAAAAUAUGAAAAAAAAGUUUAUUUGUUACCUAAACAUCUUGAUGAAAAGGUUGCUCUUUAUCAUUUGAAAAAAUUGAACGCUUCCUUAACAGAAUUAGAUGACAAUCAAUGUCAAUUCUUGGGAGUCAACAAAAGUGGUCCCUUUAAGAGUAACGAAUACAGAUAUUAA